AUGGUUGACGAAUUUCAGCAGGUAGGUGACAUUAUUCUUGAUAAGGAGUUUGUUUUCGGAAGUAGGAAGGAGAAUUUAAUAUAGGAGGGUGAUAACGUUGAUCAUUGUGUUCUAAGCUUUUUGUUGUUUUCAUUAAAGUGGAAUGUUGCAUAAAAAAGCGCUGAGAAUACACGCUAACAAAGAACUUGAGAGUAGAACCUAGAAUGAUGUUAUGGGAAGAUCCGUCAGUACAAUACCUUCUGGUACAACCAUGAUGUGCAAUCCUACAAACUGAAAUCGAUCCUUUUCUCUUACGUUUUUUCAAGAGUGCGCAGACCUUUGUCGCGGUGCACCGUGCAUUUUGUUCCUUUCGCAUGGUGCUAACCAUUUUCAAAUCAUUUUGCACUGUGCACUUUGCCUCACCGCGCAUGAUCACUUCAGACAGCGACACAGUUGAGGAAGUCUUGUUUUGCACGACAUCUCGGAUACUGAAGGAAUUAGUAUUUAAUGACAGUCUGAAGAAACUUCUUCAGCACUUGAUUAUUAGAUGACUUUUUUCAGCUGAAAUACCUGACCGGAUUUGGAAAUGAAUUCCAAACCUAUGAUCCCCGAAAGCCGAAUGCUGUGCCCUUAGGGCAAAACAGUCCCCAGACCUGUCCAUAUGGCCUUUAUGCCGAGCAACUCUCGGGAACGGCUUUUACUGUGGCCAGGGGUGGAAAUAAAAGAAGGUAAAUUUACAUUAUUUUCAUGUGUUUUCUUAUGAUGUUUUUUCGAUAAAAUGGGGCUCUAUCCCUCAUAUUUUAGUUGGUUAUACCGCAUCCGUCCUUCCGUAAUCCACAAGCCUUUCAAAUCCAUCGACAUCAGCCCCGACGUCGUCAAUGAUUUCUCCAGAUUCCAUCCUGAUCCCAAUCAAUAUCGAUGGAAGCCACUUCCAUUAACCGAUCAGAAGAAGGAUUUUGUUGAGGUAAGCCCUUAUUUCCACGCAAUUUCAAUGUGUUUUCACGAUGAUUAUUCAGUUCAUUUAGUCUUUGGUCACAUUUUGUGGAGCUGGUGAGCCCUGCGGCCGAAACGGUAUCGCCGUCCAUAUGUAUUCUUGCAACUCAUCAAUGGGGAAUCGAUGUUUUUACAAUUCUGAUGGCGAUUUUUUGAUCGUACCUCAAGAAGGAGAACUUCGAAUCAAGACUGAGUUUGGUCGAUUGCUCGUGAAACCUCUGGAGAUCUGCGUUAUCCCUCAGGGAAUUCGAUUCUCGGUGGACGUCGCUAAGAGUUCCCGAGGCUAUAUUUUGGAAGUAUUUGGUACUCAUUUCCAAUUGCCCGAUUUAGGACCAAUUGGAGCGAAUGGGUUGGCCAAUCCAAGAGAUUUCGAGAUUCCAACUGCUUGGUAUGAAGAUGUAGAUGGCGUUGACUAUGAGGUAAGUGUUGAUUUGUGUAAUCGCCAAAAUAAUUUUCUCAAAGAAUUGGCAACAUUGUUGUAGGUGAUUAACAAAUUCCAAGGAGCUUUUUUCACCGCCAGUCAGGAUCAUUCUCCAUUUGAUGUGGUGGGAUGGCAUGGAAAUUAUACCCCUUAUAAGUAUGACCUAACCAAGUUCAUGGUCAUCAACACGGUCUCAUUUGAUCAUUGUGUAAGUCGGAUUACUGUAAUGCACGUUGAAAAGAAGCUUCCGUGUUAUGUAUUCAAACUUAUUUAUUUUCCAGGACCCCUCCAUCUUCACAGUUUUAACCGCUCCGUCGACCCGACCAGGAGUGGCUAUUGCUGAUUUCGUGAUCUUCCCUCCUCGAUGGGGAGUUGCUGAUCAUACAUUCAGACCUCCUUAUUAUCAUCGCAAUUGUAUGAGUGAAUAUAUGGGACUGAUUAAGGGGAAUUAUGAGGCGAAGCAAGGUGCUUUUAGCCCAGGCGGAGGCUCUCUUCAUAGUAUGAUGACUCCUCAUGGCCCUGAUCACAAAUGCUUCCAGGUGGCUUCAACCGAAGAGCUGAAGCCAACACGAGUUGCUGAGGGCACUAUGGUCAGUUUGGAUAGAUUUGUUAAAAAGUUGAUGACCUAAAGUUACUAUAUUUUAUUUUGCUUUAGGCAUUCAUGUUUGAGUCCUCAUUCAGCAUGAAGGUGACUGAUUGGGCCAAGGAAAAUCACGUGGAUAGGGAUUAUUUCAAGGAUUGGCAGCCGUUGGAAAAGUUAUUCAAAUAA